AUGUCGAAAAACAUGAAAACUCCAACAAAUGUGAAAAUUUUAACGAAUGAUAUCGCCGUUGUUCGAAUGAAGAAAAUGGGGAAACGAUUUGAAAUCGCUUGCUACAAAAAUAAAGUACUCAAUUGGAGAAAUCGAAGUGAAAAGGACAUCGAUGAAGUACUGAAAACACGUCAAGUAUUCACAAAUGUAUCCAAAGGACAACUAGCAAAGAAAGAUGAGAUUCAAGCAGCUUUUGGCAUUGAUGAUCAUUUUGAGGUUUGCAAAUUGAUUUUGGAGAAAGGAGACCUUCAAGUAUCUGAUAAAGAAAGACAAGCGACGAAUGAGAAUUCGAUUAAAGAAGUCGCACAAUUGAUCGCGGAUAUGGUGGUAAAUCCAGAGACCAAGAGACCAAUUCCUCCAUCGACUAUUAAUAAAGCUUUGGCUGAGAUCGAUUUCUCAUUGAAACCGAAUCGAUCAACAAAGCAACAAGCUUUAGAAGUGAUUCCGAGAUUGAGAGAAUCGAUGAAGAUACAGAGAGCAAAGAUCAGGUUGAGAGUUGCAGUUGCAACGAAAGAAGCAAGGAAUUUACAGGGAAAGUUGAAGUUAUUAUUUGACGAGAUUGAGGUCGAGAAUUGGGAUGAACAGGGAUUGGAGUUGAUUGGAUUAAUCCAACCUGGAGCCUUUAGAAUUAUCGAUGAAAUGGUGAGAAAUGAUGGGAAAGGACAGGCAAGAAUCGAGAUUUUGUCGUUAAAAGAUGUGGCUGAGGGAGAGUUGGAGAGCUUG